UUAUAUAUACAUAUACAUAUAUGUAUGUCACAGCGAGGUAGUGUGUUCACGGUUCAUGCAAGCAUAAGCGCCUAAAUAUUAAUUACAUUACGAAUGUUUUUGCCGGAGUAACACUCAUGUGAUGGAAGGUGUGAUCAAGAACGUAUCACGAAUGUCAAAACAAAGAGAAAAUGGGAGUCCUCGUUAAUCAUAGAUCUUACAACUUGCAAACAAGUAGCACCGAUGGACGCGGCCAUGUUUCCUGGUAGCAGAAAUCUUGCCCAUUAAUAAUUCAGGAAUUUUGAACCACGAAGUGGAACGUGCAGAAUGCCGAAAUGCGAUGUGAAAACAAGAUAUCUACCAGCAAUGUUCGCGUGGACAGUUCUACUCGUAACUACGACACUUUUCUUUUGCUUCCCGUGUCAGUAUUAUGUAUUUCGGUGGGGUACGUGGGUGCCAGCGCUUCAAGGAGUUAUAACUUUCUUUGUACUGACGAAUUUUACUUUGGCAACAUUCAUGGAUCCAGGUGUUAUACCGAAAGCUCCUCCUGACGAAGAUCGAGAGGAUGACUUCAGGGCUCCAUUGUAUAAGAGUGUUGAGAUCAAUGGGAUUACAGUGCGCAUGAAAUGGUGUGUUACAUGCAAAUUUUAUAGACCACCUCGUUGUAGCCAUUGUAGUGUUUGCAACCAUUGUAUCGAGACAUUUGAUCAUCACUGCCCAUGGGUCAACAAUUGCAUUGGCAGAAGAAAUUACAGAUUUUUUUUCUUUUUCCUUCUGUCCCUUAGCUGUCAUAUGCUUAGUAUAUUUGGACUUUGUUUGUAUUUCGUAUUGGAGCAUAAACAACAAUUAGGAGAAGUGGACACAAUUGUUGCACUUGUGCUAAUGGGUGUGGUAAUAUUGCUGUUUAUUCCAAUUUUUGGAUUGACAGGCUUUCACGUAAUACUUGUUUCUAGAGGAAGAACAACAAAUGAACAGGUAACAGGCAAGUUUAAUGGAGGUUACAAUCCUUUCUCAAAAGGAUGUUUACAAAAUUGUUGGUAUACGCAAUUUGGACCACAAUACCCAAGUUUAAUUAAGCCUGAUAAAUAUUCAGGAAAGCGGCGCGGUGCAUGUACAUCUGAGAUAUCUACCAUAGACAGUGAGAACCAGGUAAAAACCUACAUGGAUAGCAGCAAUGGUGUUAGAAAUGCCAGUUCAAAUGCUUACAAUAAGUUAUCCCCUGGUCGAGAUGGUUCAGACACAGAUAUGGAACCAACUGCAUCUCAAUCAGCAGAUUGUGAACCUACGCCGCCCUUACAAAGACAUGGUUCUAAAAGCAAUUUCUUUUUACCACCCGUCGAAAGUAAUGAAUCUCCUAGGCAUCCUCAACCACCACAACAUCGUCAUCCAAUACAUUAUCCUAGAGGCAGUCCUCAUCCAAAGCCAAGGGGGAUGAAUGGAUCGCGUAGUCACACACCGGACCCUUUAUCACCGGAAGUAACUGGUUCUCCUGCUACAGCACCUCAACGAAAUCAGGGUCAAGGUGGUGCCAGUCCAACAAUGCAACAACGUAUUAAAGCUAUUGGAGUACCUACACCACUUGCCAUUUCCAGUCCCAUACGCAGAUCCAAUCCAGGUACACCGACGCAGGUUCGUCGGCCGGACUUUAUAGGAGUGAAUGAAGCACCAACGUAUUAUGACGUACAACAGGGAAAUAGUAUUGGUGUUGGUGCAGGCGGUACCGUCGUUACCGGUUAUAGUCCGCAACGACGUUUUUUAUCGGAGAGCGAGCUCGUCCGUCAGGGUGCCGAUCAUUCGUAUUCAAGAACCAACAAUACCGUUGACAACAUUCGAGAACUUGCAGGAUCCCCACAGCGUGGUGCCUAUAUGUGGAAAGAUAAUUCACCAGGCAGCUACCAAGUUCAACAAGGAAGCGCAUCAUCGACCACAGCACAUCAGUCUCCUUCACAAAGACCACCGCCGCCCUAUGAUUAUUAUCGCUCGAAUCCAACUAGUCCUACGCAACAAUCUUAUACUACGGCUCCAAGAGCAGCGUAUCAUCCUGCUAUGAGAGGUGGUGUCCCAGUCUUCCCACCGCAUCAGCCACCACAUCAGCAAUCACCACAAGUUAAAAGAAAGGCUGUGAUGGCUACGCCUACUACCCCAACGUCCGGUGAUACCAGACGUAGACCGAUGUCAUUUGUAAGAGCAUUAGAAAUGACGGAUUCUAUGGAAAUGGUAUCGGCUCCUAAUGAUCCAAGGUCGCAAAGGCCUACUACACCAACGCCAGAUCGAGCGAGUGUUUAUGAUAUGAGUUACGAGAUAUCCGUAUAGCCCAUCUUUCCAAUCUCCGUACAAUCCUGCCGUUGGACGGAGAGAGUGCAAAUAUUGUUACCCUUAUGCGUCUCUCGUUCAAAUCAAGAAGGAAGGUACAUUACUUACAAAAUAUCCGUCUGAAAAUGAGGGAGAAAAAUGAAGCAGCAGCAGCAGCAGCAGCAGCAGCAGCAGCAGCAGCAGCAACAGCAGCAGUAGCAUUCGUUGAUAUUGAAAAAAACAUCAAUGAUAUAAAAUCCUAUCGGUCCAGUCUCUUACAUACAUACAUACAGUCACUUAUCAUCUAUAUUAUUCGUACUUUAAUGCCAACCAAAAAACUAUUAUUAUUUUCUCGAAGAGACUAGAGUUAGUGUGAUCACGUAAAUUCUAUUAUAUUUGUAAAAUCGAUAAUGAUGAUAAUGAUGAUAAUGAUGAUGAUUGACGACAAUUAUAAUGCUAAAAAAUAAUAAUAAUGAUGGUGAUGAUGAUUGAC